AUGGAAGAAAAGCGAGUAGGAGUAGCCAUUGGUGACUCCAUCCUCGACCUUUCCGUCAUUGAACGCUCGCCUGGCUUCAAGGUCAUUCUACAACGCUUUGAGAAUGGCCAUAACGGCAGAUCCACGUUCAGUUCUGGGGACCUGGGCAACUUUGCGGCCCUUCCUGCGCCUACGAGACAGCGUUUCCGUCAGCAGCUCAUUGACUGGCUCAAUAAUCACAAUUCGCCCCUGUUCCAGGAUGCCAGCUUGAACACGGCCGCCUUUGUGCCCAUGAAGGAUGCGAUGAUGCAUUUACCGUUUAAGAUUGGAGGAUUUUCUGAUUUUUCGUGCUCGGAUGUCCAUGUUUCCAACUGUACCAGAUUAGCCAGAGCACCCAUUCCGCCAAACCAUUACGCUAUGCCCAUCGGCUACAAUGGCCGCGCAUCGUCAGUCGUCAUCGACUCAGCACCGGUCCAUCGACCAUAUGGCAUCAUCAGAGACAAGGAUACGAACAAUUUCGCAUUCAAGCCCAGUGAGAUGAUGGACUAUGAGGCCGAACUGGGAAUAUUCAUCUCCCAACCAGUCCCAGCUGGAAAAGUCAUCACUGCUGAUGAGGCUGAGGACCAUAUAUUUGGCUUUGUCGUCUUGAAUGAUUGGUCCGCGAGAGAUAUUCAGUUCUCCGAGAUGACCCCGCUUGGGCCUUUCAACGGCAAGGCUUUCGCAACGAGCAUCUCACCCUGGGUCAUCCCGCUCGAAGCUUUCGAGAGUGCACGAUGCUCUUCGUCUUUGGUGGACUUACGCGAGGGUGGGUCUGCCGGUGCAUGGCAUUUGAGUCAUGCUAAGGCUGAAUCCACGUGGGAUAUUGAAUAUGAGGUUUCCGUCAUCCGGGGCAAGUCUGUAGAUGGAGUUCUCAUGCUGACGACUCGCUCAAAUCUGCGUGAUCUUCGUUGGUCUCCCGGCCAGAUGGUGGCGCACCUCGCUUCAUCAGGCUGCGGCUUGAACACGGGUGACCUCCUUGGUACCGGUACCAUUUCAUCUCCUGUUAGUGCCCCGUACACCGAGCAACCCUUAUUUGCGAAGACGUUGGUGUCUGCUUGA